GAUGCCCGUUCGUUUCGUUUUGUUUGGUUCCACGCGCCGUUGCGUUGCGAUGCGUUGCACCACCCCAAGCGCUAGCUGCUCAAGUCGUCCUAGAUUCCUCACACACAUGAUGCCCUCCUCCGCCACACCCUGCGCUCCCCACCUCGCUCCGCGCUCUUGUCCUCACAUACACCUGUGCUCACGCUCGCGUUACACCGGCCGCGGCAUCAUCGCUUCCCCCUAGGACGUGGAGAGGGAGCGGCGAUCGCCGGGAAGGAAGGAAUGAUGGAGGGGAGAUACGGCGGCGGUGGCGGUGGGGCGAUGUCGCGGGACCCCAAGCCGCGGCUGCGGUGGACGCCGGACCUCCACCAGCGCUUCGUCGACGCCGUCGACAAGCUCGGCGGCCCGGACAAAGCAACGCCAAAGUCGGUGCUCAGAUUGAUGGGCAUGAAAGGCCUCACUCUGUACCAUCUGAAAAGCCAUCUUCAGAAAUAUAGACUCGGAAAACAGGGAAAGAAAAGCACAGGUCUGGAACUUGCCAACGGUGGUGGAUUUGCCGCACCAGGCCUCAGUUUUCCCACUCCAACACCUAUUCCAGGUGUUCCUGCUGAAGGAAAGAACACAGGAGAGAUGCCACUUGCUGAUGCACUAAGGUAUCAAAUUCAAGUCCAAAGAAAACUACAAGAACAACUUGAGGUGCAAAAGAAGCUGCAGAUGCGAAUUGAGGCCCAAGGGAAGUACUUAAAGGCGAUACUAGAGAAAGCUGAGAGAAACAUUUCCUCCGAUGUAAAUGCACCCAGUGACAACAUAGAAUCAACCAGAUCACAGCUCAUGGACUUCAACCUAGCACUAUCAGGUUUCAUGGACAAUGCAACUAGAGUGUGCGAAGAAAAUAACGAACAAUUGGUGAAAGCUUUAUCUGAUGACAAACAUAAAGACAAUAAUUUAGGCUUUCAGCUCUACCAAGUAGGAUGUCAGGGGGCAAAGGAAGUCAAAUGGACACCAAAAACUGAAGACUUGCUCCAACUAGACUUGAAUAUUAAAGGCGGAUAUGACCUCUCCUCUAGAGGAAUGCAAGCAUGUGAGGUAGAUUUGAAAAUCAACCAGCAGAUGAUAUAGAGAUUUGUUCAAGAAGCUGACAGUUUUGGGAAGUUAACUCUUUAUUAUUAGGCUAUUUCUUUCCUGUGGGUACUGAGUAUGCUUGUCCACAGCUCACAAAUUUGCUUUACUCUCUGCUAAUGUAAAAUCUG